UGCAUUAAAUAUUCAUUAAAUAAAAUACGUAGGAGAUUCCAUGUAAUUCGCAUCAUUGAAGGUCUCAUAAUUGUUACUGCAAUUCUUUAUAUUGUGGUAAAUUUAAGUUAAUGCAUGUUUAGAAGAAAUCAACUGGUUGGUGAAUAUGGCGUGCACUUCUAAGGAAUUUACUUUAUACGUUCAAAAUUUAAAAUACACAGUCAAUCCCAAAGAUGUUAACCCCAAUACAACACUUAAUGAUUAUCUCAGAAAUAUUUUACAUCUCACUGGCACCAAAAGAAUGUGUGUCGAAGGGGGAUGUGGUGCUUGUAUCGUAGCUAUACAAAGAAGAGAUCCACAUACUGGUAUUACUGAAGUUUUUGCUGUAAACUCUUGUCUUGUGUCAAUUUUUUCUUGCUACGGAUGGAACAUAUUUUCAGUCGAAGGCAUUGGAAGUCAAGACAAGCCUCACGCAUUUCAAGAAAUUCUGGCAAAAUUUAAUGGCACUCAAUGCGGUUAUUGUUCUUCUGGCAUGGUAAUGAAUAUGUUUGCUCUGUCAGAGUCUAAAGAUCUCACUAUGAAGGAGGUAGAAAAUUCAUUUGGAGGGAAUAUUUGUCGAUGUACAGGCUAUCGACCCAUAAUGUCGGCAUUUAAAUCAAUGUGUAAGGAUUCUUGCAAUCAAUUGUUGGGUACUUGCCAAGACAUAGAAGACAUAAAAGUCUGUAAGAAGACAUGUACUAAAGUUUUACCCAAAGAAGAUAAACAAAUAUUACAUUAUAACUUGGGACAGUCAUCUUGGGUGAGGGUUUAUAAUUUUAAUGAUUUGGUAAAAAUCGUGAAGAAUUUUCAUUCUGAAGCUAGGAAACCUUCUUACAAACUUAUUGCGGGAAAUACUGGAAGAGGAGUGUUCAGGAAUCCUCCAAAAGUAGACGUUUACGUUGAUAUAUGGAGUGUGAAGGAACUGGUGACAUACGAAAUUGGAAACGACGAAUUAUCUUUGGGUGCUAACAUGUCUCUUACCAAAACAAUGGAAUUAUUUUAUUCAUUAUCAACGAAAAGUCCUAAAUUCAAAUAUAUGAAAGGUUUGGCAGAUCAUAUAGAUCUCAUAGCAAAUGUUCCUGUUAGAAAUACUGGAACCCUUGGAGGAAACUUGAUGAUGAAACAUGAACACAAUGAUUUUCCUUCAGAUAUAUUUAUUAUAAUGGAGACGGCCAGCGCCCAAUUUGAAAUAGUUGACGUAAAUAAUAAGUCUUACAUAGAAACUCCAUCAAGUUUCCUACAAAUCAAUAUGUCAGAUAAGAUAUUGAAAAGAAUAAUUUUGCCAUCAUACAGUGAUAGUUUCAAAUAUGAAAGUUAUAAGAUAAUGCCCAGAGCCCAAAAUGCUCAUGCUCUCGUUAAUGCGGGAUUUUUAUUAGAGUUAGAUACUGGUGGCGUUGUAAAAUCAUCAAGAAUUGUAUACGGGAACAUUAAUCCUGAAUUUAUCAGAGCAAAAAACACUGAGCUGCUACUUAAUGGCAAAAAAUUAUUCGACAAUGGAACCUUAUUAAAAGUGUUUCAAUCACUUGAUUCUGAAAUUAAGCCAGAUUUUAUCUUAGGAGAACCAAAGCCAGAAUUUAGAAAAAAAUUGGCAAUAUCAUUAUUUUAUAAGUUUAUUUUAAGUAUUGCUCCGAAGAAUUUGCUGAAUAAAAGAAACUUGAGUGCUGGUGAUAAAUUAAACCGGCCAGUGUCCACUGGAAGUCAGGAUUAUGAAACCAACAAAUCACUGUAUCCUUUAACUCAGGCCAUACCCAAAAUUGAAGCGUUGGCUCAAACGACAGGAGAGGCUCAAUAUAUAAUGGAUAUGCCAGACCACCCACAUCAACUGUUUGCGUCAUUCGUUUUAGCGAAGGCUCCACCCAAUUACACCAUAGAAAAAAUUAAUGCAAAUAAAGCCUUGAAGUUAAAUGGAGUGGUGGCUUUUUUGGAUAAAAACGAUAUUCCUGGCAAAAACACUUACACGCCACCAGAAGCUGGUUGCAUUGGACAUCAUGAAGAACUACUUUGUUCUGGGAAGGUUCUUUUUUAUAACCAACCAGUUGGCAUAAUUAUUGCGAAUUCACAAGACUUGGCACAUCAAGCGGCAGAACUUGUUGAAAUUACUUACACACCUUCAAAAGUUAAACCACUGUUGACAAUUAGGGAUAUAAUAAAAGCAAACGCCAAACAUAAAAUGUUUGUUGACGGGAGCAUAAAUCGAAAAUCAAAGGGGAAUGAUGUUAAGCAUGUUUCUCAAGGAACUGUGGAUUUGGGCUGGCAAUACCAUUAUUACAUGGAGCUGCAGUGCUGCAGUGCAGUGCCUACCGAGGAUGGAAUAAAUCUAUAUCCAAGCUCGCAGUGGUUGGACCUUUGUCAAAUAUCAGCAGCUUUAAUUUUGAACAUUCCAGUAAACAAAGUAAAUGUGUCAAUACGUCGUGUUGGAGGAGCUUUUGGAGGUAAAAUAGUAAGAUCAUCAAUGGUGUCAACUGCAUGUGCCUUGGCCGCCUAUAAAGUUAAAAAACCAGUAAAAAUGUGGCUAACAUUAGAACAAAAUAUGGCUAUUAUUGGCAAACGCUACCCUUUAUCGUGUGACUAUGAAAUAGCAAUUAAUGGGGAAGGUAUUCUUCAGUAUUUAGACAGUAAAAUUUACUAUGAUUACGGAAUAGGGGACAAUGAACCAGUGAUGUUUUUAUUGUUGGAAAUAAUGGAGGCAAUUUAUACGUGCGACACUUUUCAAGUUGAUGCUUUUACUACCAGAACAGACAUGCAUUCAGCUUGCUACACUAGAGCUCCAGGGACUGUUGAAGCUCUAGCAGCACUGGAGAGCAUGUUGGAACAUAUUGCAGAAGACAGUGGCAUAGAUCCACUAGAUUUAAAACUCAAAAACAUGAAAGAUAAGGUCAUGGUAAAAUUUACAGAAGAGUUAAGAAAAUGGGCUGAUAUAGAUAACAGAAAAGCACAAAUUAAAAAAUUUAACGAGGAAAACCGUUGGAGGAAGAAAGGAUUAUCAGUCAUGCCUAUGGUAUUUCCUUUCAGUUUUUACUUUCAGUACAAUGCAGUGGUCUCAAUAUAUCAAGCUGAUGGUACUGUAGCUAUUGCACACGGUGGAAUAGAAAUGGGUCAAGGAGUAAACACAAAGGUGGCUCAGGUGUGUGCGUACAAACUAAAUAUACCCCUGUCUAAAAUACAAGUGAAGCCGUCGAAUUCGCUGUCGAAUCCCAAUAAUCCAUGUACCGGGGGAAGUGUAACUAGUGAAACUGUUUGUUUAGCUGUAAUAAAGGCUUGUGAUAUACUACUAGAAAGAAUAAAGCCGGUAAGGGAUAAAAUGCCAAACGCAAGUUGGGAAGAACUGAUAAAAAAUGCUCAUUUGCAAAAUAUUGAACUGACUACGUCAGCAUUGACCAAAAAGUAUGAACCUAAUAUAGCUCCAUACAACAUAUAUGGAGUGUGUGCUGCAGAAAUUGAACUAGAUGUACUCACUGGUCAAUAUGAGAUAUCAAGAGUAGACCUAUUGGAAGACGUUGGCGACAGUAUGAGUCCAGAAAUCGACAUUGGACAAGUGGAAGGGGCGUUUGUUAUGGGUCUUGGUUAUUUUCUUACAGAAGCAAUAGUUGUUGCCGACUAUGGUGAAAUUAUUUCCAACAGAACAUGGACUUAUAAACCACCUGGCGCUAAGGAUAUACCAAUAGAUUUCAGAGUUAAAUUUCCUUCAAACGUUCCAAACAAAACCGGAAUUUUGUUCUCUAAAGCUACUGCUGAACCUCCAAUGUGCCUCUCAUUUGCUGUACCCUUAGCAAUAAGGCAAGCAAUUGGUUCAGCGAAACAAGAGGUAGAUAAAAAUAUAUCAAAGUGGUGUGUUAUUGAUGGGCCUUCAACAGUUGAACAAGUACACACUAAUUGUUUACAUGAUUAUAAAAUGUAUACUUUAUAAAUAUGUACCAAGCUUUUUAUUAUGGGUGCAGGUGUAAGUACAUUACUGGAUUAAUUAUUCAAUAAAUACCAUAAAUGGGUGAGGUUUCACUUAAUAUAGAUUUCCAAAUAUUGUUUAUUUAUUUAUAAUAUUUAAGGUAGAAUUGUUAUAAAUUUUAUUUAAAUUUUAUGGCAUUAAAUAUUAAAAUUCGAUUCGGUAACUAAAGUAAAAAUUUACGCUG